AUGGCGACAGAUAGUCUAUUAAGUAUCGACUUUGCAAAUCUCAAAGCGGACAUUCUCGCGCCGUUGGAGUCGGGCCAGGAACAGCCAGAUUCAGAACACACCCUGCACACAACAGUUCAGAUCUCGGCAGAGAGUGUCGUUCAACUUACCCUUCCCGAUACUGAAUCAGCCUCUGUGCCACAACUCCCCAGCACUGUCCCCGAGUCUCAGUUGAUCCUCACAAAUGCCGAAAGUCAACUGCAAUUCCUUCCGCCUGCGCCCGUGUCGAACAAAGCAGAAGCCACGUCACAGAAGAUGACCAGUCAAGGGAGCGAUGCUCCGACUCAAGAACUGUCUCCUUCGGACUAUGAGCCUCUUCUCAAUCGCAGCAGAAGCGCUAGACAACUGCAAGACCCAGAGUACGGCCUUGAGCUGGACCAAGGCUUUGAAGAAGAGACUGGAGCAACACUGCAUGAGGGCGAUGAAGGUCACAUUGAUCUGAUCUCAAGUUUGGCAUCGCAGAAGGAGCCAGGGAGCGAGGGAGAGGACGAAAAUUCAGGCUCCCCACCAAUAGACUUCUCUCCUUCCAAGUCCCCUCGCGCUCUUACCCAGUUUCCGGAAUCCCAGCGGUUCAAGACGCCAGCCACUGUUGGUAGAAAGAGAAGAUACAAUGGAGAUGUCGUUGACAGCCCCGAGUUGCCUCGCAACCCAUUGUUGCGAGGUGGCGAAGCUCAAGCUCAGGUCAUGGCCCUCAGCCAGGCAUUUGCUGCAACUCAGGCUAACACUUCGCCCUUCGUCGGCAACCCUAAUGGAGAUCUGCCCUCUGACCGUCCUUCGCCGAACAUCGAGCUCCAACCCCGUCCGAUGACCGCUGCGACUUCAUCACCUUUGCGACCCAUGUCCGACUUUAAACGAGCCUCGACAGAACCGGCUUCUCGCUAUGUCUCUAUACAGCAGUCCCAGGCCAUGCGAGAACAGGCUCGUCGAAGACAACUGGAAAUGCUGAACGAGGACGAAGAUUCCGAUCGUGAUAGUUUUGAAGACGAUGAGGAUAGUUUCCUGGACAGAGAGCGGAGACGGCGUGAGCGUGAUCGAAAAAUACAGGCCCAGCUAUCGUCAAUAUCAAAGCAAUCUAUGCGAAGUGUCUCCCUCUCCAAGUCGUCUCCCAUACCUGGACCGAUACGAUCUCCCCCGUCGAGGGCUCCGGCCCUGGACCAACCCAGAAAUCAAAGCGACUCGAGCCCAAUCAAGCGCAAUCGAUACAUCUCAGUCCACGAGAGUGAGGAAGAAACGGAGCAGGAAGACAAUACCUCCGUUGUCGUGACACGCUCGAGCCAGCCGAUAGAGCUGGUCGAUGACGAAGACAAGGAGAAUUUCUCCGAUAGAGCAAGCCAGAUACCUGAAACAACCGCUCGACUUCACCGCAUUAUGAGUGACAUUCCUACUCACGUACAAGAUAGCCCCUUGCUCAGACAUGGCCUCGAGACUCACAGUCACCCGAUUGCUUUCACCGGCUCACAAUUGUUUGCGGUGGCAGAUUCGCAGCCUGAACGACCCAUGAGGCAACGUCAGACAACUACGCAAGUUCCCAGAUCUUCUGCUACUGACGGAGUGCUUGAUUUUGUUCCACAGUCUCCUGCCCUAUCAGCCGGAGGACCUUUCAGUACAAAUCAGAAGGACACGGCUUCGGCGUUGCCUGUGAACCUCUCGAGCGCGGUAGCAGAUGAUCCUCUGUCGCCCGAUGAGGAACCAUCCGCCAUUGUAGUUGACCACGCUGGAUUGAGCUCAUACCCGCGGACACUUCAACCAGCAACCAGCACAGUUCCCGAGACUAGCUCCAACGAGCAACAGAUUCAAAGCGAAAGACAGUCCGAGCCCAAACCUCAGUCCAGGGAUACUGAGAGUAAUGACGCGUUUGACACAGCACCGACUCACAAGCAAACCUCAACCGUAGCCUUUGAACCUGCCGCAACCGAAUUGAGUAGUCCUCCUAUUGUGACGACGCCUCCUGGGAAGCGACGGUUGCGCAUGGCAGAGAUUGCUGCGGAACCAUCACCUCUCAGGUCCCAGGUCAGCUUCAACGCAAUUGAGGCGCUGCAGCUGGACGCGGACUUCCAGAAUCCUUCCCCAAAGAGGACCAACUUCAAAGAAUCAAGGGGUGCGGCUUUGUCUCCUGUCCGCCGAGCAAGUGGUAGACAACAGAGAAACAUAGCCAACGACACAAAUAAGGCUUCUAGCCCGUCGAGUGAUCAGAAUGAGGUGGACCACCCAGAACCAGAAUCAGGAGACGGCCGAUCGGAACAAUUUGUACGAGCCGUGUCACCUGUCUCGACGUACUCGCGGAGGGAAAGAAGGCCAACGGCAAAGGUAUUGAGCGCUUCUAGUACACGGCCUCGAAAUAUGAAUUCGACAGCUCGGGCAUCGGCAUGGGACCUUCAGGACUCGCCACCACAGAAGGCAGUCCCUCUCAUCAAGUCUUCGACAGGUGUGAAAAGGAAAGCAAGAAAUGCCGGUGCACUAGAAGAGGGCCACAGCACAUUAAACAAGAAGCUGAAGGUAGUGAAGGGCCCUGCACCGGAUCCUCCCUUGCCCGAGCGUAUCGAAGGUCAACAAAACAUGCCCGAUCCUCUCCGCUUGCAUCGAUCUGCAAAUUUGAGUGCUGCCCUGACACCACCAGCCGACGUUGAGGCGGCAGAUGAUUCAAGUGAACGGAACAUUGCACCAAAUAUGGUAUUUGCAUGUUUCAUUGGCAAGACCCGUGCCUAUCACCCUGCCAUUUGUCUUGGGCGUCCGAACUCCGACUCGAGCCGAUUUCUGAUUCAGUGGGAAGGAUACGAACCCGAUGAAGUCGAUGAGUCCGGGGUGCGGAGUUUGGACCUGCGUAUUGGUGACCAGGUCAAGAUAGAUAUGCGAGGCUUUCCCAAGGUUUCUCAUAUUAUUCGAGGUUUCGAUGACAAGAUUGUGCAAGGCAACAGUCCCACCAACGGGACUGUGGUGACCGAUAUCCGUGGCUACCAGACGAUCCUAGUCGCUCCAAAGCAAGCGAAAAGGUUGCUUACAGAAGCAUCAGCGGAGAGUGUGAAGAAGGUACCCGUCUCGGCAGUAUACCUGGACAGCAUCAUGUGGGGACAGAUGAAAGAUCGGAUUUACGAGUAUAAGCCUUCGGUCCACGCAGUGCUUUCAUCCGGAAUCUCCACGCCCCUGGAUCGAGCUUCUACACCCAGCACGCCUUCAUCGCGGACUCGUCGAGGCAUAACUGGAACGGGAUCUUUGGCUGCACAAAUCACCGAGCCAACGAAAGGUCUACUCAGUAAGAUGGCGUUUGCGAUUUCAUACGAAGACAGCAGCAGGAGGGGAUAUCUCGUGGAUCUGGUGCAAACCCAUGGUGGCAUCGUCCUGCAGGAGUCCUUCCUCGAUCUCUUUGAACCGGACUCGAUGCAAUUGAAAGACGAAUUUUCUGGCUUUUCGUUCGCUGCUCUUCUUACUGACCGCCAUUCUCGAAAAGAAAAAUACCUUCAGGCUUUAGCUCUGGGGCUCCCUUGCCUCAGUGGGAGGUGGAUCGAAGUUUGCGUCGAAUCUGACCAGGUUGUCGAUUGGACAAGCUACCUUCUCCCCGCUGGAGAAAGUGCUGAGCUCGAAGGCGCUACAAAGUCGCGCAUUCUGCCUUUCUCAGCAAGCGCAGAUGGUUUAAGAGUCAAAGAUAUCAUCGGCCUAAGAUCGAAAAUCUUCAGGGAAUCUCAAGUCAUUGUCGUGAUGGGCAAGGGUAAAGCUGAGGUCAAGCGGCGUCCAUACCUCUCACUCGUGCGCGCCCUGGAUCCGGCCAAAGUUGAGCUGGAGACUGAUCUGACGGCCGUGAAAAUGAGACUGGAAGCUGCUGUGGACGAGUGCGAAACACCAAAAUAUAUCUUCGUGGACGAUCGAGAAGUUGAAGCCGCGCAGGUCGCCUUCCUGACUCCUUCGUCGAGCAAGAGGGCGAGUCAACCUCAGCGCGGUCGCAAGCGAGGCAAGCGACAACAUGAAUGUGCUCAGGAAGAUGACGACGGAAAUGCAACCCCGGAAACGAGCCACUCCGACGUCAAGAUCAAAGUAAUGUGCAACGAGGAUAUCGUGCAGAGUCUAAUCUUGGGGAAGCUGCGAAUUGGAUAA